AUGAGACAAACUAAUUAUAAAGAAAAUAGACAAUAAAGUAGUUAAAGAAAGAUUUCUGAUUUUAUAAAAAGCACUUUAGGAAUUACUUAAUAAAUAAAUGAACCAAUAUCAAACAAAAAAAAUGCAUUGAAUGAAUUAGAAAAUUAAUUACAAUAAAUGGUUAAAAUAAAGAUAUAAUUUUCAUAAGGUUGUGGAGCAAUGGAAAACUAAGAAAAAAAGUCAUGCAUAGAAAAUAAAGAUUUACUUUAUUAAUUCUAAUAAUCAUAAAAUAUUGACAAACAAGAAUAUUAAGUUUAGGUAUAAUAUCUGAAUUUAUUUUAAAGACUGGAAAUUUUGGGCAUCCAGAAUCUUAAUUAUCAUAUAGAAUAAGUACUUAAAGAACUUUGCCAGCUUUUGAAAUUCAUGAGGAUAUUCCUAUAAUUGAUGAUUUAAGAAAAUUAUAAAAUUAGAUAUUAGAUUUGAAUACUUAUAGUGUUGAGUAGAUGGAUGAAUUAAAGAAAUUAUCCUCAAUAAUUUUAUUCAGAAUAAGGAAUCUAAGUAACUAAUGA